UCACUUAAGGUAAUGGGUGGUGGCCAUCUUUAUUUACACUCUCCGUGCCAACUAAACAAAUCAAAGGCCAUAUUUGUGCCCAUCGAUCAGACCAGCCAAGCGACCUGAUCACCGUUAACCACUAGGCUCAAGCUCAGGUACCUGCAUACGUGGCUCCACGUCAGCUACUUUCUAAACUAUUGGCUAUUAGCAUUAUUUCCUUUCAUAAAAGUGGGACCCAAAUCUUUGUUUCUACAGUGGACCCACCAGCUUAUGUCAGCUCCAAAUGGCCAUAUAUGUAUAUGCGGGCUUGCAAAAAGGCAUAGCUAAGGCUUGAAUUGAACUAACCCACCCCACCGCAUUAGUGCCCACUGACUCGAAAGCCAAUCCCAGUAAUCACCAUAAGAGCAAAUAGACCAAAACACCCCUGGAGUGCAUUUUUCACGCCCCAAAAAAAAGUGGGUCCCACCUCCCAGGAGUGCAGUCCAGUUUUGCCCAUAAAUAUGAGGCCCCUAGGCCGCAUUUAUUCCCUUUCCUCCUCCUCCUUUUCUCUCCUAUCUAUUGAGCAAUUUCGUCGGCCAUGUUGUCUGCUGUUCCUGCAGCCUUCUUCUCCUCCCCCGAUUCCAUGCUUGGAAACCCAUUUCCGUCCUUGUCAAACGGCUUCAAGCUAUGGGACUAUUCCGACCUUUUUGCCGCCACCGAUGACCCUCCAUCACCAAAACCUGUUGUUUUGAGUUCUGUUUCUGAUAAACCAAACGAACCGAACCGUUCUGACUCAAACCCUACCAACUCUAACUCCAAUUCUGAUGACCCGAACCAGAGCACCGUUUCGGUUGUCGAUGAGCGAAAACUGAGGCGGAUGAUAUCGAACCGGGAGUCAGCGAGGCGUUCACGCAUGCGAAAACAGAGGCACUUAGAAAACCUAAGAAACCAGGUGAACCGGCUGAGGAUUGAGAAUCGGGAACUAACGAACCGUUUGCGCUUAGUCCUGUACAAUUGCCAGGGCGAACAGAGGGAGAACGACCGGCUUCGGUCUGAGCAUCGUAUGCUGCGACAAAAGCUCUUAAACAUACGCCAAAUUUUGAUGUUCAGGCAACUGCAACAAUUCACAUCUGCAUGGCCAUCCAAUGACAUAAUCACGACCGAACAAACCCCAUCAUCAUUAAUGACAACAUGAUCUACAUAUAUAUAUAUAUAUAUAUAUAUAUAUAUAUAUAUAAUAAAUCAUCCCCUUAAAGUUUUGAAUAGUAACAAAGAGUCUCGUUACUAAGCAGAUGAAAGUCCCAACUCUUUUUGUUCUCCUACUCAAAGAGAAAGGGAGCAAAUAGUCUCUCCACUGUGCUCUUAAAACAAAGAAAAAUGGUGGGGUUUUGGGUAUGUUUGGAAAAAGAGCGGUUUUGAUGAAGCCGAGUUGGGCUUAUUGUAGCGUAUAAAACCUAGUUAGUUUUGGCUUUCAUUAGAGCAUAUUUUAUGUUGGCUAUUUUUACUAGUUUUUAGUUAAGAUGUAAUUGGAUCCAUUUUUUUCUUUUAUAAAUUUGGAUCCAUAAGUUAGCUCCGUUCACUCAUUUUGUCAAUAAAUUAAUUAUUAUAUCUAUUUAAUC